ACUGACUCUCUCUUACCCUAUUCUUUUCACCUCUUUUUCUCUCCCUUUUUCUCUCCACUAAUUCAUUCUUUGCCUUAUUAAGCAAAUUAAAACCAUACUGGACAAUCUCUCCAUUAAUGAAUUUGAUCGCAACCCAUGUCGGGUGAAAGAGGAAAAGAUUUAGCACAAGGAUCCAAUGAAGACCAUCUACAGUCUUCUCCUGGUGCUGCUGCUUCUCCAAGCCGUUAUGAAUCUCAGAAAAGAAGAGAUUGGAACACUUUUGGUCAGUACUUGAAGAAUCAGAGGCCUCCAGUAGCUCUUUCUCAGUGCAAUUGCAACCAUGUUCUUGAAUUCCUGAGAUAUCUAGAUCAGUUUGGCAAGACUAAGGUUCAUCUUCAAGGUUGCAUGUUUUAUGGGCAGCCUGAGCCUCCUGCUCCAUGUACCUGCCCUCUCAGGCAGGCUUGGGGAAGCCUUGAUGCCCUCAUCGGUAGGCUACGAGCUGCUUAUGAAGAAAAUGGAGGUCCUCCUGAGACUAACCCUUUUGCCAGUAGUGCUAUUCGCGUGUAUCUAAGGGAGGUUAGGGACUGUCAGGCUAAGGCAAGAGGUAUUCCAUACAAGAAGAAGAAGAAGAAGCCCAGUAGCAAAGGAGAUGAUGAAUCAAGCUCCGCCAUGCACUUCUAGUCUUACAUGUUCAUAUCCUUUUCUGGAUAUUUUACUAUAUGGAUCUUGUUGAAGUGCAUGUGGUUGGAGAAUCAAGAACUGGAAGAAAAUUGUUAAAAGGGAUAGUGAAUAUUUUUGAAGUUGCUGUUUAUUUCUUUGCUGUCAAUUGCGUAUAUGAUGCAUGGUAUCGUCAUAGGGAUGGAGCUGAUGAUCUUUUGAAGUACUUGCUGUAACUUUUUCUUUGCUAUCAAUUGAGUAUAUGAUGGUAUGAUCAAGGGAUAUGGAGCUGAUGAUCUUCAAGAACUCUUCUCUCGCAGGAUGUUCUAAUGAUUUUUUUCUCUCUCUCCCUUUAUUAUUUGCCGUUCCUGAAUUUGUAAGCUUGCUUUUGCAGUACAUCUAUCUCUAUGUUUUGCAUAUAUGCCACUGUUGUUAUCUCAACACUAAUAUGAUUGCAAUAUAUAUAUUUUUUCUCCUUUUUA